AUCAAAUUGCAGCACACCAGACAACUAAAACAAAACCUCCCCUUUCUCUCUCCUCUCUUUCUCUAUCGGGGAGUGGGCGGGUGUAGUUUUUUCAAUCUUAAUCCUAAACAAAAUAACAAAUUUGUAUUACCUUUUAUCAAUUUUCCAUUCUAAUUUUUUUUUUUUGAAAAUUUACUCAUUUUUUCUUUUGAUUGUUGCGCAAAAUUACGAUUUUGAAAUAUACCUCUUUGAAAUCAAUUAAUUGGUUUUGCUGCAAAGCCUCCGUUGUUAAAAGAAAAACCCUAGCAAAUUUUGUUAUUUUUUUCUGUGAUUUUACUAUAUGGAGUGGGAUAAAUUGAAAGUUUGUAAUGGGAAUGAAAAUGGGUUUUUAACGAAUUGCAAUCUGGGGCUUCAAUGGAGUAUGCCAGAAGAGAAUUCUAAUUAUAAAAGAGGAUUGUUUGCAAAUGUAGGGCAGGUGGGGUUUAGUGGUGGGGUAUCUCCAAAUCCUUCAAAUCCAAAGGACAAUGAAGGGGGUUUUAAGCUUCCAUGUAUGGAUUUGUAUGUAAAGUAUGUUUCAUCUCCAGAAGGGUUCAAAAUUGUUGGGAUUCCUGAGAAUGAGAAAACCGCUAAGAAGAAGAAAAGUAGUCUUAAAUUGAAGAUUAAGGUUGCUAACCCUUCAUUGAGGAGGCUGAUUAGCGGGGCGAUUGCCGGGGCGGUUUCGAGGACGGCUGUGGCACCACUGGAGACUAUUAGGACUCAUUUGAUGGUUGGGAGUAGUGGACAUUCUUCUACUGAAGUGUUCAAAGAAAUUAUGAAGACUGAUGGUUGGACUGGAUUGUUUUGUGGGAAUUUGAUUAAUGUUAUUCGGGUGGCUCCUAGUAAGGCUAUUGAGCUUCUUACAUAUGAUACAGUGAAUAAAUUGUUGUCAACAAAGCAAGGAGAACAACCUAAAGUCCCUAUCCCACCUUCACUUAUUGCGGGGGCCUGUGCUGGGGUCUCUUCUACCAUUUUGACAUAUCCUCUCGAGUUGGUGAAGACCCGAUUAACCAUACAGAGGGGUGUAUACAACGGUAUAGUUGAUGCUUUUGUGAAGAUUAUACGCGAAGAAGGCGCUUCUGAGCUAUACAGAGGCCUUGCCCCGAGCUUAAUUGGAGUGAUUCCAUAUGCUGCAACCAAUUACUGUGCGUAUGACACGCUGCGGAAAGCAUAUCGAAAAUUCUUCAAGCAAGAGAAGAUUGGCAACAUAGAAACCCUGCUGAUUGGUUCUUUGGCAGGUGCCAUCUCCAGUACUGCAACUUUUCCUCUUGAGGUAGCAAGGAAGCAUAUGCAAGCAGGGGCUGUUAGUGGAAAGGUAUACAAAAACGUGUUGCAUGCUUUGGCUACUAUCCUAGAGCAGGAAGGAGUACAAGGUCUUUAUAGAGGUCUCGGCCCUAGUUGUGUCAAGUUGAUGCCAGCUGCUGGGAUUUCGUUUAUGUGCUACGAAGCGUGCAAGAGGAUACUGGUGGAAGAUGAAGAUGAGGCAUAGGAGAGUUUUACCAAUUGGAGUUUUUGUACGGCGAUUUUACCUUCUGCAACUUUUGUUUUGUCACAAGGCCUUUGCUUGGACUUUGAUUCAAAUGGCCACUCUAUAGGAGUUGAUGCUUUUUUCUAGAGAUAUCACAGUUUUCUUUUUUUUCUUUUUUGGUUAUGAAAUGAAGUGAAUAACAUGCAGAAGGUUUAAUUUUGGCUGGUGUUGAUUAGUGAAAUUUUGAGCAGUUUUGUUUA